AUGAGGGUUUUAGCACUUCUUUGUGUGACCAUAGCAUCAGUGGCCUGCUUGCCGUCGCAGUUGCAGACAGACUUACAGUCAGAGUUGCAGUCACAGUUGCAGGCGCAGGCGCAGUUACAGCCGCAACCUGACACACGAAGGCGACUUCAGAGCGUCAAUUUGAGCGUGGUCGACAAAGAUGAAAACGAUGAUUUAAGACAGAAUUACCAAAGGGAGCAGCAACACCAAAGCAGACAAAAGGACCAUUUAAGGCAAGGACAAGAUGAUCACGAUGAUCAAGAUGAUCGCCGGGACGAUGAUGAGGAUCAUGAUGAGGAAAGUCAUGCGCUGCGGCGUCAGCAACAACAACAACUCGAUGAGGAAGAUAAUCAACACCAAGAAUAUAAAAAGUAA